AUGGAUAUAAAACAUCUUAAGAAUAUUAUAAUUCUUUCCUUUGGAUUUCUGCUCCUAUUUACAGCGUAUGGCGGACUACAAACUUUGCAGAGUAGCCUUAAUCCUGAAAAAGGAUUGGGUGUUGCAUCACUAAGCGUUGUGUAUGGAUGUCUUAUCAUCUCGUCAUUGUUCCUCCCUCCAAUUAUUAUAAAGAAAAUUGGCUGCAAGUGGACAAUUGUGGUCUCAAUGUGCUGCUAUAUCACGUAUUCAGUGGGGAAUUUCAAGCCAAAUUGGUAUAGUUUGAUCAUUACCUCUGCAAUUCUGGGAUUUGGUGGGGGACCCCUUUGGGCUGCAAAAUGUACUUAUCUUACUACCAGCGGAAUUAAAUAUGCACAGAAAAUAGGAAAAGAGAAAAUGGACAUUGUGAAUCAAUACUUUGGGCUUUUCUUUCUGAUUUACCAGUCAUCUGGAAUAUGGGGAAAUUUGAUCUCAUCUCUUGUACUUAUUCAAAAUCCUGCAAAAGAAGUGUUAGGUAAUAUGAGUUACUCUCAUUGUGGUGCAAAUAACUGCCCAGUUGCUUCUACUGGAACUAACAAUACUACUAUAUCACCACCUGGUGUAUCAGAUCGCCUACGCUACACACUAAUGGGAAUUUAUACUGGGUGUGGAGUGCUUGCUGUACUGCUUAUUAUUGUGUUACUAGAUCAGAUUGAGAUCAAAGAUGAAGAACAAAAGGAAGAAGACAAACGGUCUAUUUAUAAUUCAUUCCUGGACACGUUAAGGCAGCUAAAGGACAAACGUCAGUGUCUUCUUAUUCCUUUGACUAUGUUUAGUGGAUUUCAGCAAGGAUUUCUCUCGAGUGACUAUACAAGAGCAUAUGUUACCUGUACUUUGGGGAUACAUUAUGUAGGAUAUGUGAUGAUUUGUUUUGGUGCAGCCAACUCAAUUUGUUCUAUGCUUUUUGGAAAACUUUCACAGUACACUGGAAGAAUAGCCCUUUUUAUGUUAGCUGCUGCUACAAGUGCUGCUUGUAUAAUUGCACUUUUGUUGUGGAAACCUAAUCCAAGCCAAUUUGCUGUCUUUUUCAUAUUCCCUGCACUGUGGAGCAUGUCCGAUGCUAUCUGCCAGACACUCCUGAAUGCUUUUUACGGCGUGUUAUUUGAUGAACACAAGGAGGCUGCCUUCGCCAAUUAUCGAUUGUGGGAAUCUCUUGGAUUUGUUAUAGCUUUUGCUUACAGCAACUAUUUGUGUGUCUUUGUAAAGCUGUACAUAGUACUUUCUGUUAUGUUACUUGGGAUGCUUCUUUAUUUAGUUGUAGAAUACUUGGAACACAGAAAACAGAUUGCAACUUCUGAAAAUGUGAACUCAGUGACUACAACACAAGAAUGCGAUCUGCCCGGUGACAAGUAACACUCAAAUAAAACUCAUUUAACACACGUAGCUGUGGCUAGAACGUGUUCCAUGCAAUACAUAAAGUUUGUUGAAACCUGAA